AUGCGCAUGUUAGAGUCAAGUGCAACUUUCCUACGCGGACAUUUUUCGCGCCGGAUAUUCACGAUACCAACGGCUACUCUCAACCGUUUGAUCAACGAUCACUUGCGGGACAAUGGUCUGGUGGAAGCACGCAGGAUUUUUAAUCAGAACCGGACAUCGCUAGACAUUUCAACAUGGAACAUGAUGAUCUCGGCGUAUGUUCAGCGUGGUCUGAUGUUGGAAGCUCACCAGGUGUUCGAUCAAAUGCCUGUUAGAGACGUGGUGUCGUGGAACACCAUGUUCAUGGGUCUGAAGAAAACCAAAGAUCCAGAGAGCGUUCUUAGGCAUUUUAUAGAGAUGCGGAGAUCCGGGUUGAAUCCAGAUGAGCUUACCAUCGCUGCGAUAAUAGACGCAGUAUCUGGACCUGGGUCUAAGGUUCUCGUUUUGCAGAUUCACACGCUUGCUAUUCGGUUAGGGCUUAGCUUAAGCGCUUAUACUGGUUCUGCUUUGUUAAGAAGCUACACAAGUUUAAGGGAUCUAAGAGGUUUAGAAAGAGUCUUUAAGGAGAUUUUGCUCAAGGAUGUGGUGUCUUGGAAUGUGUUGAUUAUGGGUUACAUGAAGCUAGGUUUUGUGGAGGAUGGUGAGAGAGCAUUCGCUGAAAUGCCGGAGAGGAACAUCGUAACUUGGCAUACGAUGUUGAUUGGGUACAUAAACAACAUGGAGAUGGAUAAAGCUAGGGACUUUUUCGAUAAGAUGAGUCAAAGGAAUGUUUUUUCUUGGACCGUGAUGAUCAAUGGCUACGUGCAGUGCAGGGAGUUUAAAGUAGCCUUGUUGCUUUUCCGUGAAAUGGUUGAAUCUUGGAGCAACAGGCCAAGUCACUACACGUUUUCGAGUGUUUUAAAAGCGUGUGCAGCUUCUUCCUCGCUUCUUAUGGGGAGACAAGUGCACUCAAUGAUCACAAAACGUGGAAUGGCUUGUGACGUAGUCUUGUCGACUUCUCUCAUAGAUAUGUAUGCCAAGUCAGGUGAUAUUACCGCUGCUUCAGGCGUGUUUAAAUCGAUGCCAGUGAAGAAUACGGCUUCAUGGAACUCAAUGAUUGGAGGGUUCGCAAGACAUGGACUAGGGGUGGAAGCUUUGGAGGAAUUCGAGAGGAUGGUCCAAUGCGGCUACAAGCCUGAUCAGGUGACAUUCAUAAACUUGUUAUCGGCUUGUGCUCACGCGGGGCUAGUGGAAGAAGGGGAAAAGCAGUUCAUGUUGAUGGGUAGGUUUGGGAUAACUGCAGAAAAGGAGCAUUAUGCAUGUAUGGUGGAUCUACUAGCAAGAGCUGGUCAAUUAGAUAAAGCAGAGAGGUUGAUAAAAGGGAUGCCUUUUGAGCCUGAUUUUGUUAUCUGGGGGGCAUUGCUCGGGGCUUGCGGGUUGCAUUCAUGUUUGGAGCUAGGUGAAGUUGCUGCUAAAGGAAUCUCGAGGCUGAGAAGAGAGCAUCCCGCAGCUUAUGAUGUUCUCUGUAGAGUUCAUGGCGAGAAAGGAGAUUGGACAAGUGUUAUGGAGUUGAGGAGAUUGAUGAGGAAGACCAAAGCCAAGAAACAAGACGCUAGUAGCUGGAUUGAAUAG